AUAACAACUGACAGUGCGGUUUUUGAAACUGCGGAUUUAUUUGUCUGAAACCCUCUCAGAUAACUUUCGGUUUCGACUAUAAAAGCGCCUCAUAUUCAAGCCUGCUUUGCCUUUAUCCUUGAUUAUUUGCUUUUGAUUUUAAAUGAAUCCUGUUGAGAUGACGGCAGGAAAAAAAGGCAAGCGCGAUGACAUAUCGGCAGCAGAUUCCUUUGAUGAGGUUGUAGUUGGUCUGCAUCAGGCUGAGUCAGCUGUACUUAUGCUAAAAAGUCCUGAAGAUGAUGUUAAAACUCGAGCUUGUGAAGCACUGUACAAGUUUUCAAAUAAAAGUGACGAAAACAAAAAAGCACUGAUAUCACUAAAUAUUCUAGAAUACCUCCAGCCUCUAAUAAGAGAUGAAAAUAAGGUGGUAAAAAGAAAUUCAGUACUUGUUUAUGGCGUUUUAUCGUCACUUCCUUCUGCAAGGUCCAUCAUUAGGAAACUGCCAAAUAUCGUUACUAAUCUUCUCAAGCUUUUGGACUCAGAAGAAUUCGAGACAACAAAAGAAUUUGCUGCGAUGACAUUGUCACAUCUUUGCCUAGAAUAUGCUGGCAUAUACGAACUUAUAGAGCAUAAAUGCUUCUCUGUUAUUAUACCUUGUUUGAAAUCACCUGACCCAGAUGUACAGAAGAAUACUUUGGAUAUAAUAUAUAUGUUACUCCAGGACUUUGAGGCCCGUCCGAUGCUAAAAGCUUCCGAAGGUCUGGAGACUCUGAUUGAGUUGUUGGUAUCGGAAUAUCCAGUUAUUCAAGAUUUGGUGUUAAAAGUAUUUGCUAGAGCAACACAAGACAGUAUAAUAAGGACAGCCUUGAGAGAUAUGAAUGCACUGGAUGCAUUUGUUGAUAUUAUUGGUGUUCCGGAAUUUAACGAUAUACAUGUUUCCGCCCUACAAGUAAUUGCCAAUUUACUAAACGAUACUGAAUGUGUAAAGCACUUAGUUAGUCAAGGCAGUCUUCAGAAACUAUUGCAUUUUAUCACUGAUCGUCAAGUUUACAAUGAAAGUGAUAUCAAAGUUAAUUCUGCGAAUCAACAGCAAAAUAAAGACAAGAAUACUAAGGGAAGGAAACCUAGUCCUAAGAAGGGUGAUAAGAAGAAAAGCAGCAGAGGAGAACCGGAUGAAGAAACAAGAAAAAUUUUACACGAUGCAGAUGUUGAAAGAAUGUUAGUAUCACUAUUAUCUCAUGAAGAUGAAGGUGUACGAUCCGCAUCAGCACAAGUUAUUGCUAUAUUGUCAGAAAGUUCAGUGUGCCAGGAUAGAAUAGCUGAAUUAGGUGGACCGGAAUUACUUAUUCGUAUGACACGAAGCGAUCAUCGUGAACUUAAAUCAGCUGGAGCUACAGCAUUGGCUGCUUUGACUACCGGAAAUGGAUCGAUUUGCCGAGAGGUUGCAAGUCGAAAUUCAGGGCUUGAGGCAUUGCUUAGUUGUUUACAUAUAAGUGAUCCUGAAGUUGAUUUAAUUACAGUAGGUGGAUUAGUUGCACUGACGAAUUUGGCUAUUGAAGAAACUACUCGACCAAAAGUUUUACAUGUAAUAACGGCGAAAUUAUUUAUACCAACUCUUAAUUCAAAUUCAGUAUUAACUCAAUCUAAAGCUGCAUUAGCAGUGGCUUCACUGAUAUCCGAACCACAUACUGUCCAACAAUUCGUUCAGCUAGGAGGUUUAUCGAGCUUACUCAAUUUAAUUCAGUCAACAAAUAAUGAUGUGCGUCGUUCAGCAUGUUGGGCUAUCGCUUCAUUAACUGCUGACCAUACAGCUGCUGUAACGUUAUCUCGAUUAAAUGGGAUAACUAUUUUACAAACAUUGAAUGAAUCCAUAACACGUAAAAAUGCUUUUACUGAAUUAGCUUUAAAACGUGUACUGGAUGCUAAUUUAAUGGCGAAAUUCGCAUUAACUGGUUACUUAGAUUUUGUAGAUCAUAUACCAGAUUUAUUUUAUGAUCCUGGUCAAAUAACUGAUCCAUCUCAAUUCUUAACACUGGAUGAAUAUAAUGAGCAAUCUGUGAAUGACCGUCGACCAAUAUUUUUAAUAAAUUUACAAAAAUGUGAUAUUGUUUCAUCGUCAGAUUGUGUACAGUCACAAGUUUCGAGUGAUACCAAAACUGAUGAUUUGAAACAGGAUGAUUUAAAUUAUUUCAAUGAAAUGAAAUAUCCUUUUGAUUCUACAUUACAUGAUUGGUUAAAUACUGCAGUUAAACAAAUUACGCCAAUAAAUGAAUUAAAAGAGCAAAUAAAGUCUUUGGGAGAAUUUGUUGCUUCUUGUUAUGGAGGAUCAGUCAGCAAAGAUGAACAAAUUACUCUAAGAAAUGAAUUAUCUCUGGCACAGUUACGAUGUCAAUUAAAUUCGAACUUAAUACCAAUUGGUUUAAUUAAACAAGGAUCUUUUCUACAACGUGCAUUGGUUUUUAAAUUGCUUGCUGAUCGAAUAGGAUUGCCAACUAAUUUAAUACGUGGAACAUAUGGACGUUCAUUUAAUGAAGUUUUGAUAGAACCAGAAAAUUCAAAAUCUCAAACGUACAGAGAUUUAUGUGUUGUGGAUUUAAUGUUUGAACCCGGAAAGUUAUUAAAAUCGUCUACAAGUGAAGCAUUAGAAUACACUAGUAUAGCCUGUUAAUAAUAAUAGAAUUUACUUUCCUUCAGAACUCGUUUUUUCAUGUAACUCAACUUCAACUACUCCAGAUUCUUCAUUGUUCAACAAAGUCUUUUGUUAGUGAAUAUAUUUAUGCACAAUACAUGCAGUUUUCUCUUCUCCAUGUGUAAAGCAAUUUUGUACUGAUUUGGUAAUGUAAUCAUAGAUUAAAAUUUCUAGUGUAGCCCUCAAUAUAUAUAACAGAAGAGGCUGAGAGAACAGAUAUGGUCUGUUUGUAAGGUGAUAAAUCAAAUUAACUAACUUAAUCAGGCUAGUUAUAGGCGCUGGAGGGUGUUUUGAUCUGUUGUCGCAGGUAUUUAUUUUCUUUGGAAAUACCCUUUACUGCCUCCUGAGUAGUUCCAAAGGUCCCAAUCAAACAAGCUAGACCAGUUUCAUGGAAAAUGUCAUUUUCCAGACAACAUUUUAAAUCAAUUAAACCAACCCCAGAAAUCUGUUGGUACCAUCAGAGGUGCGGUACAAAAGCAUAGCAAUACACAAAACUGCUCAAAUUUACUUUAUAUAACGCUGAGAGUCAGGGAAACGAGCCGGCCAGACAGUAGUGGCGGCGACCGUUUCUGACCAAGCAACAAGCCAUCUCUCGCAUAUCAGGGACUACAUUUCUGGUUCCGACUUUUAUUCAACACGAGAGGAAAUAUAAGCAUGAUCCUGCUAGCGUUAUCAUGACGGCGAUACACUUCAGGAAACAAAGUUUCACCACAGACUGCCAGCGAAACGGUCAUCAAAACAUACGGAGAACAGUCUUUAAUAUUAGACCUUGAACUCCAUCGACGUUUCUCAUGAACUUUCACAGUUGCGAAAAUGAAGUAGUCCAUUAUUAGAGCCAAUUUUCUCAGUGUCCACAAUUUACUGGUGGACAUUAAUGAAAAGAAGCUGUUAGACAGGAAUUUUCGCCUACAACGGAAGGGUACCUUUACCAAUUGUGAAAUUUACUGUAUUGGUGUGGUUAAACUGACAAAUAAAGUCAUCACUAAUGUUCUAUCAAAGUACAAUUGCAUUGCAGAGGUAGGUUAUAUAAGUGAACACACUUUAUACCAUAUUAGACAUCAUAUAACUACCACAGGUCCACCAAUCUGCGCCAAGUCACGCAGACUACCUCUGGACAAGUUGAAGGUUGCAAAGAGAGAAUUCGAACAUAUGG